GGGUGAACCCUUCCUUUAUAACAGUUUUACCACGCAGGCAUACAUUCAGACCAGGAAGGUGACAACAUGGCGCUGUACAUCUUCAACUGCGGGCUGCUGACACUUUGCUGGGCCGUCUUCUGUGUGGCAGUGCCGGGCGUCCCCAAGUUUACAGAAGACGAAACACCGAGGCCCACAGAGAAGACAGGAAAUGCUUCAAAGAUGACCCCACCUCACUCCACAGUUUCCCACCUGGUUCCUCAGACCGCAGAGUGUUUUCUGGAAGAUACAUUGGCUGCCAUGGUAGAGGCUUCGGAGAACGACAGCGAGCUGACACAGGAAGGUUUGACUCUGUUCGGAAUCUGUGCAGCAUCUCAUGGAAAUGUCUCAGUGCUGGUGGAUCUGGUGAUGAAAGCCAAGAGGAAGCACAGAGACGGACUGGAGGUGAUGCACCCUACGGAAGUGUUUUUGAUCGAGGAGGAGAAUAAGGAAGCCCUCACCCUCAUUUUUGGCCUCCCUCAAUCCCCUUUGCUCCAACGUACUCCAGUGCUCCUUUUGGCCUUUGAGAGUCCCUUCAGUGGAGGCGCCCUGGACCAGAUCACCUUCAGCAGUCAGUCCUUGCAGCCCAACACACAGGCAAUCUGCGUCUCAGAAGGAACACAUUACAUUCUGCUGACUGGACAAGCAUCAGUGGAACACCAAAGAUGGAUUCUCUCUGUUGGCACUAAAUCACCUGACAUGAAGGAAAGAAUAAAAGCACUUCUAAGUGGUGGAACCACAGGAAGAAGUAGCGUGACUCCAGUUCUUCUAUUCCCUAGUGAAGAAAAAAGUGACAGCAGCUCAUCCCAACCGCUCCACUUUCUGUGCGAGCUGAGGAGGUUCCUGAGUGACGUCUUUCCCCGGCAGAACCGUCCGCUCUCGUCCCCGCUAAAGCUGGACUCCUUGCAGGCUCUGCCCUCUGUGGCUCUGGGCUUGUCCUCCAGCGAGUCCCUACUAGCGGAGCUGAUGAACUCCUCCGCUCCCACCAUCUUCUCCUUUACCGGCUCCAUGUUCAAGGUCCGCCGAGGAGAGCUGGCCAUGUCCCCUGGGCUGCUGGAGGAGCUCAAGAAGGGUUUGGAGCACAACGUGAUGCAAGUCAUGCAAGUUCUAAGAGAUAAGGAAGGAGGUCAGAAGAGCAUCAAGAGGCUGGAGAGACUCGCGGAACUCUGUGCUUUUUCCAAUGCGGACCUGCCGUCAGGAGAAAGCCAGUACUGCGCCUUCCUCUUGCUGAAGGCCCUGAAGACAGUGGGCCGGGAGAUUUUGCCACAGCCGAGGGCCACCAGAUCUAGUGCCCUCUGGCCCGUGUGCGGCCUGAGGAGCCUCACCGUGGCCCUGGAGAGGUACGUGGUCUCGCCAGACACCGCCGACAUCAACAACUGUCACGGCUUGUGCAAGGUGCCUAUGGUCAAAACCACAAACCAUGCCGUGCUGGUCAUCAAGCACAUCGAGAGCGGGAACGUGCACGAGCGGGCGCCAUGCUGCGUGCCCGUGGCCUACGAGCCCCUGGAGAUGGUGGACCACAACGAGGACGGGACGUUUCUCGUCGUCCGCCCCGAUGUGGUGGCGAAGGAGUGUGGAUGUCACUAAGAGCUGAGGUUUCCAAUGUACGCUCAUCGGUCUAGGUCAGGGGUCACCAACCUUUUUGAAACCAAGAGCUACUUCUUGGGUACUGAUUAAUGCGAAGGGCUACCAGUUUGAUACACACUUAAAUAAAUUGCCAGAAAUAGCCAAUUUGCUCAAUUUACCUUUAACUCUAUGUUAUUAUGAAUAAUUAAUGAUAUUUACACUUAAUUGAACGGUUUAAAAGAGGAGAAAACACGAAAAAAAUUACAAUUAAAUUUUGAAACAUAGUUUAUCUUCAAUUUCGACUCUUUAAAAUUCAAAAUUCAACCGAAAAAAGGAAGACAAAAACUAGCUAAUUCGAAUCUUUUUGAAAAAAUUAUAAAAAUAAUUUAUGGAACAUCAUUAGUAAUUUUUCCUGAUUAAGAUUAAUUUUAGAAUUUGGAUGACAUGUUUUAAAUAGGUUAAAAUCCAAUCUACACUUUGUUAGAAUAUAUAACAAAUUGGACCAAGCUAUAUUUCUAACAAAGACAAAUCAUUAUUUCUUCUAGAUUUUCCAGAACAAAAAUUUUAAAAGAAAUUCAAAAGACUUUGAAAUAAGAUUUAAAUUUGAUUCUACAGAUUUUCUAGAUUUGCCAGAAUAAUUUUUUUGAAUUUUAAUCAUAAUAAGUUUGAAGAAAUAUUUCACAAAUAUUCUUCGUCGAAAAAACAGAAGCUAAAAUGAAGAAUUAAAUUAAAAUGUAUUUAUUAUUCUUUACAAUAAAAAAAAUAAACUUACUUAAACAUUGAUUUAAAUUGUCAGGAAAGAAGAGGAAGGAAUUUAAAAGGUAAAAAGGUAUAUGUGUUAAAAAAUCCUAAAAUCAUUUUUAAGGUUGUAUUUUUUCUCUAAAAUUGUCUUUCUGAAAGUUAUAAGAAGCAAAGUAAAAAAAAAUUAUGAAUUUAUUUAAACAAGGAUUUUCAAAUUCUAUUUGAGUUUUGUCUCUCUUAGAAUUAAAAAUGUCGGGCAAAGUGAGACCAGCUUGCUAGUAAAUGAAUAAAAUUUAAAAAAUAGAGGCAGUAAGUGCUGCUAUUUGAGCUAUUUUUAGAACAGGCCAGCGGGCUACUCAUCUGGUCCUUACGGGCUACCUGGUGCCCGCGGGCACCGCGUUGGUGACCCCUGGUCUAGGUACACUGUAUCUACUUAGAGCCAGUGUGCGACUGGGCAGGUGUUUGGCUAAGAAUGGUUUCUAUUAUUUACAUGUAUUUAUUCACAAAGUAAUAAUUAUUUGGUGCAGAUAGGAAUAUUUAAAUAUGUCCUUCAUAUAUUCUUCACUAAUCAUAAUUCCCAGUACUUACAUAAUAACAUAGGAUCUGUGUUUCGCAUACAUUCAGCUAUAACAUUCAUAGGGACGCUACAGCGGGGAUAUUCAACUACAUAAUGAAGAGGGCCGCAGUUUCAAAAACCCAAGGGCUUAGGGGCCGGACAUCGAAAUUUCUUCAGAAAGUUCCUCCGCAGGUUAUAUUUCCUUGAGACUGCAAUUUAAUAGCAAAGUAAACACAUCGGCUGCACUGUCAAUAUAUUUUUUAAUCCGCCCUCUCUAUUCGUUUCCAGCGUGUGCAGCUAGACAGAUAGUUAACAGCAUGAAAAAACAGAAACUCUUGUUUGAGGAUUGAUGUUCCUUCCUUUCAAUUUGUGCGAUUUAUUUAUAAAAUUUCAGGGUCGAUUGUACCAUAUUUCUGCCUCAACAAUCACUAUCUAGUGUUUUUGAUGUAUUUUUAAGUGCAUCAUUUAAAACAACAAAAUAAAGGUUUUGAAUAGUAAGGCAACUCUGUAAUCGUUUUUUAUUAGGAGUGUGGGGGCCCUUGUAAAUCUCGGAGCAUGCUGCAGUCGCCUGUGUUUGCCUGAAUGGUACAGUGCACCCGGAAAGUAUUCACAGCGCUAGACUUUUUCCACAUUUUGUUAUGAUACAGCCUUAUUCCAAAAUGGAGUAAAUACCCUAUAAUGAUUACCGGUAUGUAUUUUGCAAAUGUAUUUAAAAAAAAAAAAAACUAAAAAAAUCACGUGUACAUAAGUAUUCACAACCUUCCCUCAUUACUUUGUUGAUGCACCUGUGGCAACAUUUACAGCCUCAAGUCUUCUUCUAUACGAUGCCACAAGCUUGCCACACCUAUCUUUGGGCAGUUUGGCCCAGUCCUCUUUGCAGCACCUCUCAAGCUCCAUCAGGUGUAAUCAGAAGCGUUGGUUUUCAUCCAGGAUGUCUCAGUACAUUGCUGCAUUCAUCUUUCCGUCCAUCCUGACUGGUCCCCCAGUUCCUGCCACUGAAAAACAUCCCCACAGCAUGAUGCUGCCACCACCAUGCUUCCUCCAAACAUGACGCCUGGCAUUCACACCAGAGAGUUCAAUCUUUGUCUCAUCAGACAAGAGAAUUUAGUUUCUCAUGGUCUGAGAGUUUUUACUAAGUUUUUACUAAGAAAUGGCUUCCGUCUACCACAUGAAACUCCAAUCGAGCUCAUGUGAGCAUGGUACUAGAACAGGGGUCGGCAAUCUUUACCACUCAAAGAGCCAUUUUGGCAAGUUUCACUAAUUAAAGAAAAUAAUGGGAGCCACAAAAAAAUGUUUUUAAUUUAAAGGCCUACUGAAAGCCACUACUACCAACCACGCAGUCUGAUAGUUUGUAUAUCAAUGAUGAAAUCUUAACAUUGCAACACAUGCCAAUACAGCCGGGUUAACUUAUAAAGUGCAAUUUUAAAAUUCCCGCCACACUUCCGGUUGAAAAACUCCUUUGGAUAUGAUUUAUGCGCGUGACGUCACAAAAGCAACGGAAGUGGUUGUACCCCAUCGGACCCGAUAGAAAAGCCUCUUGUUUUCUUUGACAAAAUUCCACAGUAUUCUGAAUCUUUUGCAAUUUGUUUAAUGAACAAUGGAGACUGCAAAGAAGAACGUUGUAGGUGGGAUCGAUCGGUGUCUUAGCGGCUAAGUACAAUACUGUUAAUAUCCGUGAUAUUUGCAUUAGUGUACUGUCUUUAAGGGUUUGGGGAACGCGCAUGCGCGAGUGAGUUGGCGGAGAACUUGAGUGUGUGUGAUCGUGACUUUUGGCUAACAGCAGCUCGUGUAUGUGUGUGCGUUACUUUUUGAACUACAACCAUUUACCGCUUGUUAAUAAAGCGAUUGAGCAAUUUGUUUAAUGGACAAUGGAGACUGCAAAUAAGAAAGUUGUAGGUGCGAUCGGUGGAGCAGCGGACUACAGCAACACCAACACCAGGAGGUUGUGUUGUGUUUUGAGCAGGAUAGCAGACGCACUACGGUGAGUACAGCUUUGGCUUCCAAACAUUUGAUCGAUUGCCCGUACGUGCGUGUCGAUAUGUGCAUGUGACGUACGUAACUUUGGGGAAAUAUAUGUUUCUUGCCGACUCUGAUGGCGGCCGGGGUGUCGUCAAAAGCGUACAACGCCCGCCGCCGCAUCUAAGUUAGCUACGCAGCUAGGUUAGCUUCUGUUUUUUUAGCUUCGCCAAGCGGAAUAUUAUUAAUCGUGUAUUUACAUGUUCAUGGUUUAAUAGUAUUAUUGAUCUUCUGUCUAUCCAUCCAGUCAGGGUUUUUUUUAUUUAGUUUCUAUCUGCAUUUGAGACUGAUGCUAUCGCGUUGGCUACGCAGCUAGGUUAGCUUCUGUUUUUUUUAGCUUCGCCAAGCGGAAUAUUAUUAAUCGUGUAUUUACAUGUUCAUGGUUUAAUAGUAUUAUUGGUCUUCUGUCUAUCCAUCCAGUCAGGUUUUUUUAAAAUUUAGUUUCUAUCUGCAUUUGAGACUGCUGCUAUCAAGUUGGCUACGUAUCUAGGUUAGCUUCUAUUUUUUUAGCUUCGCAAAGCUGAAUUAUUAAUCGUGUAUUUACAUGUUCAGUCACUGUGAAUGUCCAUUUCGCGUUCGCGACUCUCAUUUUCAAGAGCAUAUAGUAUCUAAAAUGGUUUAAAAUACAAAUCUGUGAUCCACAAUAGAAAAAGGAGAGAGUGUGGAAUCCAAUGAGCCAGCUUGUACCUAAGUUACGGUCAGAGCGAAAAAAGAUACGUCCAUCACUGCCUCUCAAGUCCUUCACUGUAACGUUCCUCAUCUACGAAUCUUUCAUCCUCACUCAAAUUAAUGGGGUAAUCGUCACUUUCUCGGUCCGAAUCUCUCUCGCUCCAUUGUAAACAACGGGGAAUUGUGAGCAGCACUACCGCUUGUGACGUCACGCUACUUCCGGUACAGGCAAGGCUUUUUUUAUCAGCGAGCAAAAGUUGCGAACUUUAUCGUCGAUUUUCUCUACUAAAUCCUUUCAGCAAAAAUAUGGCAAUAUCGCGAAAUGAUCAAGUAUGACACAUAGAAUGGAUCUGCUAUUCCCGUUUAAAUAAAAAAAAAUAAUUUCAGUAGGCCUUUAAAAUGAAAAACACCGCAUACAAAGCUUAAAUUGCUUAGUGCUAUGUUAACCAGGGGUCUCAGACACACGCACCAGCACGCACCUUAAUAUGGAAAUUUGAUGUUAGUGCGGCCCGCGAGUUUUGAAUGAAUGGCGCUUGAUAGCGUCAUACUUGCCAACCCCCUUAUUAUUUCCGGGAGACUCACGAAAUUCAGGGCGUGAUGGCACUGUUUUUGGCGCCCUCUACAGUCUGCCCAAACAGUGUACCUGCUCGACCA